UUGCAGGAAGAAAUGAACGUAGAGCUUUCUUUGAAAGACUUGAAAGCGCUUUUGGACGAUAAUAACAUAGACUUAAGUAUGCGUCAGCUAGUAUCGAUCCCAGUAAAAGCUUUGAGUAAAAUUCCACGUGCCACAUACCUCGACUUUUCGAAUAAUUUAAUAACAUCGAUUCCAUCAGAUUUCUGCUUGUUAACGCAUGUCACCAAGUUAGAUCUCAGCAACAACCGUAUCGUCCAUUUACCGGAAGAAUUUGGCAAGCUAACCAACCUCGUUCAUCUCGACCUUUACAAAAAUGAAAUUGAAGAACUGCCGUUAUCUUUUGGUGAUCUGGUUUCACUAAAAUGGUUGGAUUUAAAAGGCAAUCCUUUACAAUUAGAACUUUCGCAAGCAGCAGGCGAGUGUUUGGAUGAAAAAGGUUGCAAAACGGCCGCUUUGAAUGUUGUACGACUCAUGCACGAUCAAUCUAUCAAACAGCAACAACUUCUUGAAAAACAGAAAUCUGUCAAAAAACAAUUCGAGGACAACGAUACAGUCAAUCACGGACCAGCUGUGCAAAAAGAAAAAACAAAGAAAAAGAAAAAUAAGCACCGAGAUCUGGUUAAUGAACAUUUGGAGCCAACGACGGAACAUGCGCAACGAAAUGCACCUCGGGCUGUACCAAGAAAGGACGAAAAGGCAAGUCAUGAGACGAAAAAAAACAAAAAAUGCACCUCCAACAAUGUGAUAUCCUUUUGGUGGAGGAUUUUAACUAUUUCGUUCAUCUUCACGUUGGCUAUCUCCGUAUCUGUUGUUGCUAUGGUAGUGACCAACUGUUUUGGUGAACCGCGGCGCUGGUCCUUGUCAUCGAAACCGUUCUGUGAGGAUCUACAAACAGUAGUAACAGAACAUUCAUUUCCAUUAACGAUAUCUGGUAAUUUCUUCCUUUCGAUUACGUCACUGUUGAAAUCGUAUAUGGAUGCUGCCGGUACAGCUUGGCAGGAGUUCGAGCACGAUAAUGAUUUAGUUGCUGUUAUUAAAGAUUCUUAUUAUUUACUUUAUAUGAAAUUGGUCUCAGUGGGAUUACUAGUGCAAGGCUACGCGGUGUACAAGUACGAGAAUUUCAUAGCUUUUUAUAAUGCAUAUGUUGCUGAUGCUGUUAAUAAUGCUCUGAAGAAUAUAUGGCUUUUACUGAGGAUAUUUGGCUUGAUGUUCGCUGAUUUAUUGAUGCUUAUUGUUGGCGAAGGUUUCCUCUUCAUUUCGUCGGUUGUCGAAACGAUAUUUACAUUCGCGUACAGAGGUGAUCAGCUGGCGGAAGUAUUGCAAAACUGGUGGAGUAGAGUGAAAUAGGGCAGUGAUAGAUCUUUUGCUUUCUUAGCAAAACACUGUUCCUCUCAUUUUUUGCGGGUAUCUAUGUUUCUUUUAGUAUGUAUCAGUGAAACAUAGAGUGAAGAACUUUUAAUUACGUUAGAAAACAUGUUAAUCCUUAAACAGUCUUUUAUCUCUUGUAAUUUUUGCAGAUUAUUCUCGGUUUACGCUGUAAUACACGUUCAAGUGAACCGGAAAUUAUUUUGUUUCAUGCAUAGAUACUGUGGAAGGGAAACUCAGUAGUAUAAAGCCAUUAGAUGUUCUCUGUGGUGAUUCGUAUUACUAGGAUUCAUAAAAUUGCACAAAUCCAUUCCCUUUCCACACUCAUGUGCAUUUGUCUGUUAUCAUUUUAGUCGCAA